CCAGCAGCUCUUCCUACUUCUCGGCUCACCUUCCACUGACUCCACGCUCACAACGCGAUUGGUCGAAGCGGCACAGCCAGCUGGCGCUGAUUGGCUGCGCCUCCCUGUCAGUCAUGCGAGAAAUGCCACUCAGGACAGAUUAGGCACCAUUUGCCAUAACUAAAUAGUUACAUUGCACAUCAAGUAGGAAGAAAUAUUUUGAUUGGUGGCCACCGCAGUCGGCGGAGAGUUACUGUUCGUCUUCAUUAAAAAUUUGAAUGCAGCAAAGUGUGAGCUCCGAACAUCCAGUCUCAUCAAACAGAUGUGGAUACACUGCUAGGGAGCUGCCCAGCUGAGGUGAAGGGGAGGGCAGAAGAUCCCAGUGGAGUGUUCAUGACCUGCCCGCAGAAACAGGACCAUGAUCUGAGGACAGUGCUGGAUGCAUAUGCAUAGAACCCCAUCUUCCUCUCCUCCAUGUCCCUCUUUUUUUGUUUCAGUUGUUUUUUUUUUUCCAGUCUGAACUGAAAAGCCUCUCUGCUCAGGUGCUUUAGACAGAGUCAGGGUUAACUAAAAGGUCAAACUGAAAACAAGUAAGCAUCUACAGAGGAGGAACUACAUCUACAGCCAUCUGUGACCUCACUCAUUUCCAUAUCCUCCCUCCUCCUCCCAUCGCAACGCCAGAACCAUGGGGAGGAAAAAGAUCCAGAUUCAGAGGAUCACUGAUGAACGCAACAGACAGGUGACAUUCACCAAACGGAAGUUCGGUUUGAUGAAGAAGGCGUACGAGUUGAGUGUCCUGUGCGACUGCGAGAUCGCUCUCAUCAUCUUCAACCACUCGAACAAGCUGUUUCAGUACGCCAGCACCGACAUGGACAAGGUCCUGCUCAAGUACACAGAGUACAACGAGCCACACGAGAGCCGGACCAAUGCCGACAUUAUCGAGGUAAAACGUGGGAACACAAGGGAGCAGGUAGUGGGUUUCAUAACUGUACACACUUUGUUUCUGAAUUUCUUUUAUCGGACGCUUCCUUUUACAAGACCACUUUCACAUUUAUUGCAGUCUCCCUUGAACCAAACAGAUUUCAGUGCAGUGUAUCCAUGUGAUUUACUGUUUACUUACAUGUUUAGAUG